AUGCAUCUAAACAUUCAAAGUUUGAAACCGAAGAUUGACCUUCUUACCGUUGAAGCCAAACCAUAUGACAUACUAGUUUUCUCAGAAACUUGGCUAAAUUCUAACGUACCAGAUGAGGAUCUUUACAUGCAAAGUUUUAAACCACCUUUCAGAUGCGACAGAAGGAAUCGAGGCGGCGGAGGGGUCGCCAUUUAUGUCCGUGACACGAUACACGCUGUUGAACGUAAUGACCUACAUAUGAAUAACCUUGAGGCCCUUUGGAUUGAAAUCCAUGUUAACCAGCGAAAACUCCUCAUAGGUGGACUUUACCGUACUCCUGAUUCUAAUAACACUCAGUGGCUUAACAUGGAACACAGUCUUGACCAAGCGUUCAAUGGUCAUUUCGAUGACAUACUAGUUACAGGCGACUUCAACGUUAACAUCUUGGCCUCUCCUUCUAAUAGAAUGAGUAGACUCAUCGACUCUUAUAACGCCGAGCAGUUGAUUUCGACUCCUACAUAUUUUACUGAACACUCUUCAUCUCUUCUCGAUCUUAUGUUUGUCAAGAACCCUUGCCACAUUCUUUCUAGUUUCGUCGCUGACCCCUUUAUUCCGGAUCUAUCUCGCUUUCACUGCCCUAUUGUUACUGUUUUCAAAUUCCACAAACCCAAACAGUCAACUUAUAAACGUCACGUAUGGUUAUAUGAUAAAGGGGACUAUCCUAAAUAUAUAAACAAUCUAAACACAACGGACUGGAACUCCAUCUUAGAUCGCGAUAAUCUUCAUGAAACUGCAGAUAAGAUAGCUGAUGCUGUUCUUAGCGCAGCUGCUGAUAGCAUUCCGAACAAAUCGAUAACAGUUAGACCUGACGACGUCCAAUGGAUCAAUAAAGGUGUUCGUAUGAUGAUACGUAAGCGAAAUCGGGCUCACCAACAUGCAAAGACUUCUAAUAAUGAAAGAGCAUGGGCAAAUUUUUGCAAAAUUGGAAAUGAUACCACCAACCUUAUCCGAAAAACAAAGAAGGAAUACUCAGAAAAAUUAAUAGAGGAAAUUAAUUUCGAAAAUACUAAUGUUAAAAAAUGGUAUAAACUUGCUAAAAAGUUCUCAAACAAAAAAUCUCCCCCGAUUCCUACAUUAAUAGACAAUGGUGCUGAAGUAUCAUUAGACAAAGAUAAAGCAGAACUACUUAACACUUUCUUUUGUAAUCAGUCUACUUUAGAUGACACCAAUCACACACCUCCUAUUAAAACCUAA